AGCACCUCGGCAGUCGGGCGGCAGGGGCGGGUCGGGACGGGAGCGGAGCGCCGGGCUGGAGCGGGAGGCCGCAGAUGAUACAGCUCUAGAGGAAGAGACUGACCUUCAUGACUUGCUUGACAGGAUCUGAGUAGUGAAAGCACAAUAGACACCUGUUAGAGUUUAACAGAAAUAGAAAUUCAUCCAGGAACAAGAGCAUUGGACUUGAAGAAAUAAGACUUCAGAGCUCAGAAGUUGGUCACUGAUAAACCCUAUUUGGGAAUAUAGCGUGGGAAUGAAUACUAUUGAGACAGCAAAACUUGAAGAGCAUAUGGAGAGUCAAAACAAUGACGCUUCUAACGGCUACUCACGACCUACUCUCUCAGUUACUGAAGAGAGCAAAAAUGGCACUAGCAAACCAAAGGGCUUGUCUAAUGGCUUGCGAAAAACAACAAAGAAAUAUCCUGAUUACAUCCAGAUUGCUAUGCCUGCUGAGUCUAGGAACAAAUUUCCUCUGGAAUGGUGGAAAACAGGCAUUGCUUUUGUCUAUGCUCUCUUCAACUUGAUUCUAACAACUGUCAUGAUCACUGUGGUCCAUGAGAGAGUACCUCCAAAGGAGUUAAGCCCUCCCUUGCCUGACAAAUUUUUUGAUUACAUUGAUCGUGUGCAGUGGGCUUUUUCUGUAUCAGAAAUAAAUGGAAUGAUACUACUUGGAUUAUGGAUAUUCCAGUGGUUGUUUCUUAGAUACAAAUCAAUAGUGGGACGCAGGUUCUUUUUUAUAAUGGGAACUUUGUAUCUGUACCGCUGUAUUACUAUGUAUGUUACCACCUUACCUGUGCCUGGAAUGCAUUUUCAGUGUGCGCCAAAGCUGAACGGAGAUGCGCAGGCAAAGGUUCAGAGGAUCCUACGACUGAUUUCUGGUGGUGGUCUAUCCAUAACUGGAUCUCACAUCCUGUGCGGAGACUUCCUCUUUAGUGGUCAUACUGUGGUAUUAACUCUGGUCUACCUGUUCAUCAAAGAGUAUUCACCACGUCAUUUCUGGUGGUAUCACUUAAUCUGCUGGCUAAUGAGUGCUGCUGGCAUAAUUUGUAUCCUUGUUGCUCAUGAACACUACACCGUAGAUGUCAUCAUUGCUUACUAUAUCACCACACGGCUUUUCUGGUGGUACCACUCAAUGGCUAAUGAAAAGACUUUAAAGGUGUCUUCACAGACGAAUUUUCUCUCUCGAGCUUGGUGGUAUCCAAUAUUCUAUUUCUUUGAGAAGAAUGUGCAAGGCUCUGUUCCUUGCAGCUUUUCUUGGCCAAUAUCCUGGCCUCCCAGCUGCUUCAAAUCUUCAUGCAAAAAGUAUUCACGGGUUCAGAAGACCGGAGAGGACAAUGAAAAAUCUACCUGAAGAAAAGGAAAGCAUCUGCUCUGUUUUUUUGUUUGCUUUCUUACAAAAACAUUAAUGCUGUAACCAAAGUUCUUAAGAGGACUACACUGUAACUGAAGAAGUGGACCAAGUUUCUGUGCAAUUGGUUGGAAAGACAAUUGUAGAUACACAUAUUGCCAUUUCAUAUGUUCUCCUAUCAUCACGCUGUACCGACCUAUUCUGCUCUUCAGUGCUAAUAGAAUGCACCACUCUUGGGACUUUUUUUUUUAUUAUUAAAGAAAAAAUGGAGCAGGACUUUGCUUUACUAAUGAGAUAGAGGUGCCAAAGCCCACCUUAACACUUUUAUUACUAUCACUCAUCCACAGAAGCACCCAAAAAUCUCAUCUUCAGAGUCUGGAGUGCGUAAGGGCAAAAACCAUGCCAAAAUGUAAAAGUGUGGUAUCAGCAUAUUGAAGUAUAUAAAAAGAUAACACAGUUAUGGGAAGUGGUUUGUUGCAUUAUUCUUGCUAAUGAAGGUAAGGCCUUUGUGUGACUGGUACAGCUGGAAGCGAGUCUUGACUUUUUUUGCACUCUGGGUAUGACUAUCUUGUGACCCUGCAAUCUACUUAACACCAUUAUCUCCCAUAUAUUCUACUAUAUACAGAUUUUUACAUUUUUAUGAGUAAUUUUAUAUCUAAACUGUUGUGCUACCUGAUGACUUUGCAAAUUAGAAAUAGCUGCUAACAUCAGAGCUCAAGGAGCCAAAAGUUUUAUUUUUAAAAAAGGACACAGUUUCAAAGUUAAAUUGCAGCUGGCCUUGUCUAUAUAGCUAUACAGUGCCUAUCAGUGUAUGUAUAUGCAUAUACACACAAAAGCACACACUGCUGUGUAGUUAAAUACCUAUUAAACAAAACUGCUUACUGGAAAGAGUGAUCAUACAGUUCUUCAUUCAGGCAAAAGUCCUGUAGAUCUCACCUUGAGGAAUGCAAGGCCAGGUCCAAAAUGGGGCUAUAGUUAAAAUAAACUUUUAAAUUUUAGUAGCUAUCUCUUGCUGAAAGUAUGUAGCAGGUUUGCUUGGGAGGCAUAGUUCUUUUUUUACCUGUUGGCACAUGCUUCUCUAACUUACCUUAAAGAAAAAAAAAAAAACCCAAAGAAGUGCCAAGGUGAAUACCUACAACAGUAGCAUUUCUACAAGUAUUACCUAAAACCAUUUCAUAUUAAAUGACACUGUGGUAGAACUCAUAUGCAGAUUCCCCUUUUUUCCCCCCUAGGGUUUUGGUCCAGUUAAAAUGGCUGUUUAAACAAGUUGGGUGAGAAUGUGGAAAGCUACCAUGGCGUAAACAUGUAACAAAACCACAAAUUAACAGCUGCCUGGUUCUUGUUGGAUUUUGGUGGUUUGUAUUGUUGGCAAAACAGUGUAGAAAAUUAGAAUGCCACAUUUAACCCUUUAUGUUCUAUAUUAAUUCGUGCAGUUAUCUCAAUUUUAAAUUUUCAGUAAAACCUGAUAGCAAAUAUAAAAUUGUGUUAAGUGUUGAGGUGGUACCAAUUUAAAGGAAAUGCUGUUUAUUUUAAGAAUGUCUACAACUGAGUGACAAGUGUGAAUGUGAAAACUUGUUUUUAAAAAGUCUAGUUAAAGUUAUAAAAUGCAAUACAGAGUAUUUAGAUACCUUUUUUCAGUUAAGGGGAUCAAUUGCUGUGAGUUGUACAUGAGAAUAUUAAUGUACAUUUCAAAUAUUUUUGUGCAUUAUCAAAGUAAUACAAUAAACAAUGUUCCUUACAAUAA